AUGGCCAUCAAAGAGAAGGUCUUAGCCGACUUUGUCACGGAGGUGCAAAACCCUGAGCCCGACUCAGUAUGGAAAAUAUAUGUGGAUGGGUCAUCCACACGGCAAGGUAGUGGGAUCAGCAUACUACUUAUUUCCCCACAAGAAGAGUGGGUGCAGUUGUCCGUUCGGCUAGAGUACCGGGCAACUAACAAUGAAGUCGAGUACGAGGCUCUCAUAACCGACUUGCAAGCCGCUCGGCAUGUUGGCGCCGGCAAGGUUCUUAUCUACUCAGAUUCUCAAUUAGCUGCUCAACAGCUGACUGGAGCCUUUGAGAUCAGCAACACGCAGCUUAAGUUGUACGCUGAAGCCUUCGAAAAGCUGAAGGCCAGCUUUCAGGAGGUAGUCAUCCAGAAGAUCCCCCGAGCGGAGAACCAAGCAGCGGACGAGCUGGCCAAAUUAGCGAGCUCACUCUCGCCGAUCGUCAUUACUCAACCGAUCAAGCAAGUAUCCUUCGUGGCGCACGUCGAUCAGAUAGAGGGGCUCACUUUCUCAAGUGAUUAG